AUGUCCAAUUUUCAGCAGAAGUCUCAGCCGCCAGACCCAAACCAUAGCUUCACUACAUUCGACAUUGCCCAAACAAAAUCUUCCAGCGAAAGAUGUGUUCGGCAGAAAAAUAACUUUGACACUUCAGUCGAAACCUCAAACAUGACCGAGUAUAACGGACAAUGUUCCUCAUCAUCCGCGUUCCAAGAAACAAAUGAUUAUUACCCGUCGUCAUCAGAAUCAGCAACGAAACACUUGAAAUUUCAAGAAUUCUUAGCAUUCACAAACGAUUUUUAUAGAAACCGAAACCAGCUCCUGCUAAGAGACCAGCUUCUCCGAAAAAGAAGGAGACGAAAAAAAAAGAAGGGGUUAUCAGCAGAACAGGAGGAACGACUUGAAAUUGGCAACUUCAUCCGAGCAAUUAGAAAGGGAAUUAGAAUAUUCCAACAUACCAAGGCCGCCACGCAGACCUCAAAAAGUCGUAAGUAG